AUGGGCGCUCAAUUAGUCUCGCCACAAAUAAAACAUCACGGUGGAGGCCACCUAUUCGUCAAUUCUAGCCAUCCUAACGAUGUGAAGAAAAAAGGCACCCAGCGCUCGAUUCGGAGCCACUCCAUACGAGGUGCCUGUCGAGGUCGGCCAAGUCGUAGAAGAAAGCCCCAAGCGGUGACAUAUGCUCUUGAACGACCAUAUGUGGCUGCAGAUACUAGGAGUUGUCCAGAUCAGAUUUGUGAACAGAUUCCGGUUUCAAAGUCAUUGAAUUUAUGGCCGUUUCCUUGCGAAUUGCAACCCAGAGCACAGGAGCUCAUCUACUUCAUGAACGCGGAAUCGGAUUAUGUCUUCCGCCCAUUUCGCGCCGUCUGGUUCUCAAUGGCCUUGACUGAUGCCACUGCAUUCCAGUUAUGCAUGGCCAAUGCAGCCAUGUUCAUGGCGCAGAGGAAACAACCAGAGACAUUCCAGUACGAAAAAUGCUCGGAAACAUUGGAGUAUUACGGAAAGUGUCUUGGACAGAUUACUAAACGACUUGAGUCUCGUGAUGAUUGUGCUAGUGACGGGGUUAUUGUGACUAUUCUAGGGCUUAUCUGUCAUGAUAUAUAUGUUGGGUUAUGGGCACGUUGGGUGACACAUAUUAAAGGUCUACGUCGGAUCAUAGAGCUCCGCGGAGGAUACAGAAACAUCAGCAGCAAUCUGGCGCUUUGGGCAUCAUGGUACGAUGCUCUGGGCUCUGCCACACAUGACACAUGCCCGCAAUUUCCGGAAUACAUGUGCGAUCUCUCACCAGCUUGCCAACCCGUCCGGACACCUCGACUGGAGCAGAUUAUCUGCAAACUCAUACACAAGGAUUAUACACCAAUGCAACCCAUAUUAGACGCAUUGGACAGAAUCAGAGAGAUUGCCGACGCCAUCAAUACCCAUUACCAAGAACCCGAAUUCUGGAGACGAGAAGACGAUCUCAGCCCUCUUCAAUCAAUCGGUCCUGUUACACAUGCAUUACUUUCAAUCCCGCGACUCGAUGCAGUAACUAAUGAUGUGGUCGACCCGACAGAAUUGUCUCGCGAGAUGGUACGGUUGUCUAUGCUAAUUCUGCUUGCUGCCCUCAAGCGGAUGUAUUCUUUUUUCCUGGAUGAGACCGAGUUCACAACUCUAACGGCAAAGUUUCUCUCGGUCCUGUCGUUAUACCGCCAAAAUUCCUCGUUAUACCACGAUGAUGGAUUGAUGCAUCUUGAACUGUGGGCUAUACUUACUGUCGCUGCUUUGCAGCCAUUUGCGAACCGUUGGCUCUACGUAACUGAAAUUCGCAGGUACAUGAGCUAUCUGGACAUACAGUUCGCGACUGAUGCUUUUCAGCUAUCUCGCGACAUUGCUUGGAUUGAUGUUAUUGGCGGCACAGAUAUGGAAAAUGAAUCGCUUAUAAAUGCAAUUGACAACGUAACGCCACCGCCUUGA